AUGUUCCUACAGGCCGAGCUUGAGAGCAUGAAAGUUGCCCUCGAGAAGCUCUCGGAGGCACCGGCAGACCAGCUCGAUGAGCAAGACAAGAUUUGGGCCAGGGAUGUACGAGAGCUGUCCUACGACAUCGAGGACAGCAUCGACACAUUUGUGGUGUGGGGCAAGGGGAAUGAGCAGGCCAAGGGCUUCAGGAAGUACAUUGAUAGGAGCCUCGAUUUGUUGACUCGGUUUCGGUUGCGCCGUAAGAUUGCUACUGAGAUAAGAGACAUCAAGAGGAGUGUCGUAGAGGUGAGCGAUCGGCGUGAGAGGUACAAGAUCGAUAGUGUUGUUGCUCAGCCUGUCAAGAUAAAUGUUGAUCCUCGUUUGUUGGCUCAGUACACAAAUGCAGCAGAGCUUGUUGGCAUUGAUGAGGUGAUCAAGAUUCUGGUGGAAAGGAAAGAAGCAUACAGGCAGCAAGACAAAAUAGUUUCCAUAGUUGGAUUUGGAGGCUUGGGAAAGACAACUCUUGCUAAUGCGAUUUACCAAAAGCUUAGGGCACAAUUUGAUUGCUCUGCUUUUGUUUCGGUGACUCAGAAUCCUGAAAUGGACAAAUUAUUCCAGGACUUAUUCUAUCAACUUGCCAAGAGAAACAAUUCAAGGAUCAAUGUUAUUGAUGAGAUCAGCGAGUUCCUUCAGAGCAAGAGAUACUUCAUUGUUCUUGAUGACAUAUGGGAUAUCUCAGUUUGGAAAAUGAUAAGAUGUGCUCUGCCUGAUAAUAUUUGUGGAUACAGAGUUAUCACAACUACUCGUAUUUUGAAUGUCGCAGAACAAGUUGGUGGUGCUUAUAAGCUGAAACCUCUAUGCCUUCACAACUCUAGAAUACUAUUGUAUAGAAGAAUAUUUGGCAAUGAAGACAAAGUCAAAUGUCCUGAUGAGCAGCUGGCCGAUGUUUCUAAUAGAAUACUAAGGAAAUGUGCUGGUGUGCCCUUAGCUAUCAUCACAAUAGCUAGUUUGUUGUCUAGUAAAGGAGGAAACAAAAUAGAGUGGUUUAAGGUGUACAACUCUAUUGGCACUGCACUGGAAAAUAGUUUAGAUGUGAAGAAUAUGAGAAGGAUUUUGUUACUUAGCUAUUAUGAUCUGCCAUCCCAUCUAAGGACUUGCUUAUUAUAUCUAAGUGUGUUUCCAGAGGAUUAUGAAAUUAGCAAAGACCGUUUGAUAUGGAUGUGGAUUGCUGAAGGUUUUAUACAAUGUGAAAACCAAGGGGAGAGUUUGUUUGAUCUUGGAGAGAGUUACUUCAGUGAGCUCAUUAACAGAAGUAUAAUCCAACCCUCAUAUCAAGGGUACAGUGUAAUGAUAGAACAUUGCCGUGUACAUGAUAUGGUGCAUGAUCUUAUCUGUUCCUUGGCAAAUGAAGAAAACUUUGUCACAAUACUGAAUGACGUGUAUCAAUCAUCAGCAUCCACAAUGGUUCGGAGGUUAUCUCUACAAAAUAGCAAGAUUGACCAAGAUGUGCCGUGGACUACUAUAAGCAUUCAACAAGUGAGGUCUAUUGUUGCCUUUCAACCUGCUGUUAAUCUAAUGCCAACCAAUCAGUUUAGAGUUUUGCGUGUAUUAGAGCUUCAAAAUUGUCAGAUUUUACAACUUUGCAGUCUUAAGCAUAUUGCAAAUCUAUUUCACUUGAGGUACCUAGGAUUAAGAAAGACAUGCAUUGCCCAGCUACCUGAAGAAAUAGGAAACCUGCAAUUUCUACAAACACUGGAUGUCAGUGAAAAUGGACUUUCUAGCUUACCUUUGACUUUUGUUCGGUUAAGGCGUUUGAUGUGCUUACGCAUUGACAUUCGUACAAGAGCACCAAAAGGGAUUAGGAACCUAACAUCUCUUGAAGAGCUAUCAAUGUUAUGCAUUGAUGACUCCACAGACAUCGUAGAAGAGUUGGGUCAUCUAACGGAGCUGAGGAUACUAGAUAUUGUCUGCCGCACAGGACAUAAUAACAGCUUGCAGAAAUCUCUGCUGGAGUGCUUAUGCAAGCUGUGGAAGAUGAAUCCCUCGCUUCUACUGAACCUCUCCUUCCUAUCCAUCGCCGUGAGGAAGCUACUGCAAGAGGAUCUUGAAAUCCUUGGGAGGUUGUCAGCACUCCGCUUUCUAAAUCUGGUCGUGGACCACAGAAAUCUCGGAAUCCUUGGGAAAUUCUUCUUCGGUGCUGGUUCAUUUCCGUGCCUAAUAGAGUGUGAUCUGAAGGGGUUUAUAGGACUUGUGGUGUUUGAGCUAGGAGCUAUGCCAAGACUAGAAAGUGUUUGCUUCCCAAUUGAUGUGCAGGAGACAAUAGAAAUCGCUGACGGCAGUGGCUGUUUCAACUUGGGCCUUCAAAACCUGCCAUCACUGCAGCAUAUUACCAUUUAUUUCCAUCGUGGUGGCUCCAGCAAGGGGGAUGUGGAGCAAGCGCAGGCUGCGCUGAGGCAGGCAACUGAAAUCCAUUCCAAUCGCCCCACCCUCAAGAUAUGCUUAUGA